AUGAUCACCGCUUAUGGGCAGCCGGCGGCGCUGUCGCUGGUGUUGCCUCCCCCUGAUGAGGGAAAAGGCGCAGGAGGUUACGACCGCAGCGACAGUAGCAGUAGCACUAACAGCGGCAGCAGUAGUAACAGCGGCGGGUUGCUGCAGCAGCAGUUGCAGGAACUGCAACAACAAAAACCUACGUGGACGGAGACGGGCGGGUGGCGUGCUGCAUCCUCUGCGGAAGGGCUUAACGAACCUUCGACUGUGGGUGCGGUAGCAGGAGUCGCGCCAACAACCGGUGGAGAAAGUUGGCUCACGGAAGGCUUUUCCACAGCUGUUGAUGCGUGGCGUCUGGGGAGCACUGGCAGUUUUAGCGACGACGAUGCCGAGGGCAGUGAUGCGGAAGAGGACCAUAUCCAGCCAGCAGCAGCAGAGAAUGCUUCCACAGCUGAAGAAGCCAUACGGUCGCUGCCUUCAAUGAUAACGGCGCACCGGCCUCCGAAUACUUCCCCUUUGUCCGUCUCGUUCUGCUUGCUUUUGCGCCUCCCAGUGAGGCCUUCGGCACUCUGCUGCUCGUCGGUGCAGCGGCAUCAGCAGCUACUGCUCGCAGGCUGUAGCAGACAGCCUGCUCUGUUUUGGCUCGACCUGGGAGGGCUGAAGCAGGUGUUGGGGUGUCUCUACACGAGCGACCUGCUACGAGUAGCCAAACGAGCGGGCGUAUGCCCUGGAAAUGCUGGACCUCCCUUUGCGGCGGUUGCAGCUUCUGGGGUUGCCCCAACGGCUGCAACCACGGCAGCGUGGUCAGGGGCAGCGUACCAGAGUAGAACUACUGCUGUUCCUGGCGAUUGGGGCUGCCCCUGCAGCGCCUGUGGGGGUCGCUGUUGUUGCUUUCUGGAGCGACCGUCACUCCAGCCAAUGCGACGUAGUAGCAGCAGAAACGGCGGGUCAGCACCAGCAGAAGCCACGCUGCCUUCCUCUAGGCGCUGCAGGUGCCUAGGGAGGCGCAGGCUCAUUACUUAUCUGUACCACCCCAAGGGUUACACUGCAGUGACAGACCUUUUGCGGCUCCCUGCGUCUGCGCAGGAUGCACAGCUCUUGCCCGAUCUUCCGGACGUCUUCCUUUGUGGGGACUCUUCCCAGGACCCUGGAUGGUCCCUGCCUACGUCACUGGGUAGCGGGAGCGCCUCAACCAGCAGAAGGCGCUCGCGAACGUUGCGUACGCCACAGGUGCCCCGGUCAAUGGGCUACAGCAGCUCUGCCGAGUGCAGCAGCAAGCGGUCAACGCGUGACGACGUAGUCGGAGCUGGUCACCGAAGUGCCAAGAGUCUCAGUGUUAGAGAGCCGCAACGUCGAAGCACCUCGCAGCUGCAACUGCAUCUAGACGCUUUACGCAGCAGCGACAGCAGCAGCACGGCGAACGCCAAGAGCAGCUGCAAUAACAUUACUACAAUUUGCAACAGCACGAACGACCCUACUGUUAAUCAAGCAGUAGCAUCCAGGAGCGGCCGCAGCACAACUGGCGUACGGGACGGCCGGAGAAAUCCCGUUGCCUCGGUUGCUUCACUUGGUGGGGUUUUGGGAAAACCUGACAGCAGCCUGGCUGACAGGGCAACCGUUGCAGUUGCGGCUGCAGGCAGCAACAGCAGCAGUAGUAGCGGGGACACAAGCGACGACGGUGUAUCGCUAGGUUGGAGGAGCAGUCGGCUCACGAGAGGCCCGCGCAAUGCACGGCCGCUGGAGCUGCCACAGCAGAUGCGGGAGGUGAGGUGGCCAGUCUUGCGUAGCCUGACGGAUGACACUUUCUCAAAUUAUGAGGCUCUGCGUGCACGCUGCUGCGGGGGAGUGCGUCAGUUGCAGCUGAACUGCCGACUUGAUAUCUUGGCUGUGGUCACAGCCUCAGGGGAGCUCCUGCUGUUGGCUUGGCGCUUCCCUCUGAGAGGUUAUUCUGAGGUGGAUGAAUGUGAGGGCAUUCAAAAUCCAGUGAAGGAUUCUUGCGUGGCUCCGCAACCCCGUAAAGGCCACUUCGCUAGCCAGCAGCAUUUGCAGCGACUGGAGCCAGAAUUUCCAAUAGCUGCGGCAGCAGAAGGUGGAAGGGAUGUAUCAGAGGCGCCUAGUCCAGCCAGCGAGGGCAGCCAGUUGAGUGGUGGUAGAUCUACCAGCCGCCGCAGGGGCUGUGGGAGCAUCUCUAUAGGGGCCGGACGGGACGGCCGCGUAGCAAUAGGACACUCUGCACGUGAAGGUUUUGUGAAUGCUUACUCGGCUUCGGAGACCGGUCACAGAAACAGCAACGCUAAUAUGCUAAGGCCGUGGCGACCGCUGGGGCUUCAGCUUAGGGCAGAAGGAGUGUGCUGCUGCGCGCUCAACGGGGAACGGAGUCUCGUGGCGGUGGGCCUCGGGAAUGGCUCUGUCGAGGUGUAUAGGCUUAUCUGGCCUAGGAACCCAGUGCAACGAGUUCGAAGCUCUCGGGAUCCGCAUCGGCAACAAACGCAGCAACGCUCAACUAGGCGCAUCCACAGGGAUGUUGAGCGCGAUGGUUUUACGCUGCUCCCACAGCUGCUUCACGUGAUAACUGUCCCAGACGACAUCAGGGUGGCAGCAGCACAACAAGAAUCAAUAGGGGCAAUUCGUACGGCAGCAGGUGCAACUUGCACAAUGGGCGCUCCUUAUUUGCGCGCGCGGAGUGUCCAGAGUCUGCAGUGGACAGCAGACGGUGCGGCCCUCUCAGUGCGGUGGUUAAGAGGGGGAACCGCUGUCUUCAGCCAUACGGGGAGCAUAUUAUUCUCGCUUCCUGACCCCUUUGCUGCAGAAGCGAGCGCUCAGGCUUCUUCAGCGGGUUUGCCCCACCCGAUUAGCAGGCCAUCUGGGUGUUCGCAGCGGCCGUGGCAGCAGAAGCUUUUGUAUUCAGGAGAGGUUUGGGGGGAUAUAGCAGCAACCGCAGCAGCAGUUGCUGCAGGGUCAGCUGCAGGCUCGGGCCAGUUGUGCUGUUGGAUCAUGGGCGGUCUCUCUCUUCUGCACGCAUGUCCAUCUCUUGGAGCCAACGCUCAGCUCCAGCCUGAUGGCCAAUGCACCGGACUUGGCAGAAACGUGAUGUUCUAUGAAGUGGACCCCAAAAUUGAAGGCCCUACUUCAGAGCAGUUGUUGGAGGUGCCCGUCGUGCGGAGCGCGUCGGUAGCUGUCGCAGCUUCGUCUGUGGACGUUUGUGGGAGCCGCUGUGCGUCAGAUCUGACUGACAGGGUGAUGAUUGGAGGCUCACACCUGCUUGUGUGGAGCUUCCUGGGGAACGUGAAGGCGUCUGCCGCUUUAUCCCUCAUCCCGUUACCCCCCAAUUUGUAUACGGCAAAGGCGUUUCCCGUGAGGCAGGCGGCACUGUCUCCAGACGGAUCUCAUAUGCUUGUCUCCGGGAGGCGAGGCUUCGCCUUGUUUGCUAUGUUACAGCGGCGGUGGCGGCUUCUCUGCAUGGAGAGCCAGGAGGCUCAGCUCCCUACCGGCACCCUUCCCUUAGGCUGGUACACCAAAGACAUCUUCUUCGUGUCGACGCCCGCAUGUAAUCAGCCGGACGCUGCACAGUCGGCAGCCACUGCUGCAGCAGCACCAGAGCCGCGCAGCACGCUAAAUGCUCCGGAUGCAGCACCUCGCUGGCUUUUGCCGUCUAGUGUGUUUCAUAGAUUUGAAGCUGCCGUAGCUGCAGCCGUGGACUUUUGCCCCUCCAGGUUUGCAGCUCAUGUUCCUCUGACUAUUCACGAGAAGACAGCCUGGCUCCAGCAACAGCAGCAGCAGUAUCAGCAGUCUGCAGCACGUCUGUGGGGAGCGGCUGGGACCGGCAGCGGCAGUAGGGAGCUCUCUGCAGUUGCCGCGGGCGCAGCAUCUCGUGGAACUGGCAGCAGCAGCACCACCAUGUGGCACUACGCUGUGUUGUUUCUGAGUAGCAGCGAACGACUGGACCUGCGUUGCCGCGUUGCAGAAAUUAAGCGCCUUCCGGCCAGACCCCACACGGCGACGGUGCUGCCGAGCCUGCAGCAGCAACAGCUUCUUCGCCCAGCAGCCUCUCUUGGAUCCCCCCACCUAACGGUGUCUCCACGACAGCAUGACGGACGGGAAGAACGCCAGCAAGAGGAGCUGCACCACGACGAGCCUGCAUCAUGUGGGCUGCGCGUGCUAGAGGAGGUUGCGCUCAAGCAAAGCACCGUAAAUGGUUCAGACCCAGAUCCCGAGCGAAGGCUGUCAGACGAUAAGCUAAAUCCCUGCAGCAGAGAAGGCAGCAGCAACAGCAGUAGGACUACAGAAUCUGCUUUCGCUGAACAGUACAAGGCAAGGAGCACCCGUCCAUGGCCUGUCUCUACCACGAAAGUACAGGGAAGCUCGGCGGUCCUAGCCCUCCAUGAAACGCAUUCGGGUAGUAGUCGGAGCAAUUUAUCAGCAGAAAGUGCAGCAGUUUCACCGUCACUUUUUGUUGGUCCUCGAGCGCCGAGCAGUACAGCAGUGCCACUGAGCCCCCUUCCCUUCCAAAGAAUUGUUGACUUUCCUCGUCCUGCUGCCGUUGUACCCGCUCGCUCCAAUCGGCGCGGCAACAUCAACCUCUACGAGGCGCAGCUCCAACAUCAGCAAGAACAGGAUCCGCCAAAACACUUGAUGAGAGAAAGUCUUGAGGCAUAUGCCCGCGGCUCAUCGUCUGUUUUACUGUAUUCGACACAGUCAAAAGCAGCAGGAGAGACAGCUGGCGCAGCAAAGUCCGAAACAACAGAGGCGGCGCCAACUGCUUCUGGCGGUUUUGCAGCCUCGACUCUUCGUGCAGAGCCAUCCUUCGUCGAUUCGGAGGGUUGCGGCGGCAGCGGCUUGGACUCCUCUCCUGCAACUAGGGGCCCUGCGGUUGCCGCGCAGCUUUGGGAAGCACGUAUUGAAAACUGCGACGUCUGCUGCUGCUGCGUAGCUGGAUGGCAUCUCUGGGCGCAAACAGCUUCAGGGCUUUUGUUGGCCUCCGUUGGAUUCCACUACUCGGGCACUGCAGCAGCGGCGGAGGCGGCGGAUCUAACUCCGGAGCAUUUGCUCGCAGUAACUGACGUACGUUUGCGCUCGGCUUUGGUACUUCCAGUAGAGGCUCGGCCGCAGCCCCUUCAUAUCGUUGGAGUACUCGGCGAGCUCGGAGUGGCUGUCGCCUGUACACCCAGCCGUGAGACGGCGCUUGGAUUUCCGAUACAAAUCCAGCCUGCCACUCAGAUACGCCUGCUUGUACAGCCCUGCACGCAUGCGCUACUGCAGCGGCAGCUGCUAGCUGCGGUUGCCUGCAUUCCUGUAAAUUCCAGAGCCCAUUUUGGGCUUGUCAAGGGACGCGCAUUUGAUGCAGCUGCUGAAGGGCUUAUGAAGGAAUUGACCAAAUGCACAGGAAGCGCCAAGAGCAUCGACAGCAAUCAAGACAACUGCAGCACAUGCAAACGGGUUUUCAUGUCUGUCUCAGCGCUUCGGAAGUCUCCUCAUGUGUUCGUUGCAACGCUUGUUUUCUGCAUGCGGAAGACGGAGCCUCUUGUGUCACCUGCAGUGCUGGGGUCUUUGCUGCAACGACAAGUGCCUCCUGUUGACCCCAUCACUCUCUUUACCAAGUGCCUGGAAAGCGGCCUUCUCCAGACAGCUUCGCUUUAUUUGCUGCCCAUCCAGACAGCGGAGGGCCCGCUUCAGGUGCGGUGUCGCCGCGUGCUACCACUUCUCCGUGCUGCUCUAGAAGCGGGAAAUUUUCUCCUAGUUCGCAAGCUGCUACAUUUUUUCUGGGCUUUUUUUAGGAGAAGGCACCACCCAAGGUCUGCUUGCAAUCGGAGCAAGGCGCAGCAGCAACAGCUCUGGGCGGAACCUGCAUCCGUAGCUCCUGUGGGGUGCCCAGUGCAGCGGCGGCGGGAAGGGCAACAUUCUGAGGGCCAACAGAAUUUCGUAUACAAAAGGAGGACCAGACGGAAGAGCCAUCAGGUCUCACAGUUGCGCUCUUUGCUUUGGCGUCCAUUGCAUGCAGAAGAUCUGAAUUUCCAAAUCACGGAAAGCACCGCAGAAGCUGGCGCUGAUGAUAGCUUCAGCACAAACCCAUGGUUGUCCCGCGUCCCUUUGGAGUUACCCCAUGUGGAUCGCCUUCUAGCAGCUCGGGUGUAUCAGGAAGUCGAGAGGACUGUUGCUGCCGCUGCUUCGGCAUUACUCCAACAGCAGCAGUGGUUGCGACUAUUUGACUUGGCGACGACUCUAGCUCUGGACCUUCCGGCUUGGCUGCGGGGCCACAGCAAGGGCGAUUUGUUGGAUCAGGUUGACCAACGACAUAAGCAAAACACCCAAAAACAGAUGCCUGGGGCAGAUGGGUUGGCAACCUCUACAGCAAAGACUGUGCCGGAAGGGACCGAACACUCAUGUAGGGCUGCAACAGCAGGGGCAGCGGCAACUGCGUCUCAGGUACUUCCACUUUUCUCCGAGGCAGUCUUGUCCUUUACACAGCAGCUUUGCAUUGGGGAUACGCCUCUGUCUUUGCGUCUGAAAAGGCCUCUCAUCCUAGAUUGUUCUUCGUCAUCUGUGGAAGAGAAAUACAAACAACUGUAUCCUGCCUGGCAAGGUGAGCUGCAAGUGGCUGGAUCGGCAGCAGCAGUGCUGGAAAUGGCUUGCAGGCAAUCCUGGACAUGCACUGCAUCUCUAGUGCCCCCACUGUGCAGCAACUGGAACAGGCAGCAGCAUGCAGCAGCUGAGAUAGCUCGGUAUCUGGCAAACGUGCUGCUGCGUUCGGGACUCCCAGUAUACACGCUGGCGCUUGCGGCGGCAGCGCGCGACAGAGUUGCAGCAGCGCAGAUAUUCGGCUGGUAUCCGCGGUUGCGUUGCCUUUUUCUACCGACAGUUGGUUCAGCGUGGGUUGAUGGAGCUGAGGGACAAGCGGCGCUUUCGAGGGGCCAAGCAGCCAAAGAAGUCUGA